UCCACCAGAGGGCGCAGUGUACUCGUGAUGUUGUUACAUACUAUAGGGGCGUGUAAGUGCUUGUGAAAAAUAAGUGUUUUGUGAUGUUUCAAGCCCUAAAGGAAAAUAAAAUUUGUAUGAGAGCUGCGAUGUGAACGGGACAGAUAUACACGCCAAACAGAGUGCCUUAUUUUUAUAUUUACCCACAAACCUAAGUUAUAUUUUUAUAUUGACGCAUCACUUAAGAAAACGAACGAAAAAACGCAACGAAACGAAAUUUAUCUGACGGCGAACGUGUCGAGCGAAUUUGAAGCGGAGGCGAGUUCGUGACGCAGCCUCCGUGACCGCCUGGAGCAAGCCCUCCAAGACAACUGGCGGCGGCUGACACAGCACCGCUCUGAGUCGUUCAGAGGCCGUCAACGACACAGCUCCUUCAGUCAGGAGGGGCCUCGCCGGAGGAGAGCCAGCGCGCACUCCCUCGACCUCGAGAGGUCUGACAACAUCGCUACUAUACAUAGGGCACAAUCCCUAAGCAAAAUGGCAACUUUAUCUCUUAAAAUCUCAUUGGAGGGCGGCAAAGUGGUGAAAACCAUACAGUUCGACCCUUCAACUACAGUAUACGAUGCGUGUCGAAUCAUCAGAGAGAAGAUAUUGGAAGCGAGCUCCAGUGAUCCGAAAGAAUACGGUCUAUUCCUGGCAUCAGAAGAAGACAACAAGAAGGGCAUAUGGCUGGAGGCGUCGCGCAGCCUCGAUUACUACAUGCUACGUAAUGGCGACCUACUCGAGUACAACAAGAAGACACGCAACUUGCGUGUUAGGAUGUUGGACGGAACCGUAAAAACACUUCUAGUGGACGACAGUCAGAUCGUGGCUAAUCUCAUGGUAGUGAUAUGCACCAAGAUUGGUAUCACCAAUUACGACGAGUAUGGACUGGUACGCGAAGAACAAAAGGAAGAAGUAGAUCCGUGCGAAAAACCAAACUACGGAACAUUGACGUUGAAACGUAAGCACCAGGAGAAAGAGCGCGAUGCUAAGAUGGAGCAGCUGAGGAAGAAACUGAGGACUGAUGAUGAAGUGAACUGGGUGGAGCCGUCGAAGACGUUGCGCGAGCAGGGCGUGGAGGCGGCGGAGACGCUGCUGCUGCGCCGCAAGCUGUUCUACUCGGACCGCAACGUGGACUCGCGCGACCCCGUACAACUCAACCUGCUGUACGUGCAGGCGCGUGACGCCAUACUCGCCGGCACGCAUCCCAUCACGCAGGACAAAGCGUGCGAGUUUGCCGGCAUACAAUGUCAGAUACAAUUCGGUGACCACAAAGAGGACAAACAUACUCCGGGAUUUUUAGAUCUGAAAGAAUUCCUGCCGGCGUCUUACGUGAAGGUGAAGGGCAUAGAGAAGAAGAUAUUCAAGGAGCACCGCAGGCACGCCGGCCUCAGCGAGCUGGACGCCAAAGUGCUCUACACCAAGAGUGCUAGAGAUCUCAAGACCUAUGGCGUUGCCUUCUUCUUAGUCAAGGAGAAAAUGAAAGGCAAGAAUAAGUUAGUGCCGCGUCUGCUGGGCGUGACCAAAGACUCAGUGCUGCGGCUGGAUGAGAAGACCAAAGAGAUUCUGCAGACGUGGCCGCUGACCACGGUGCGGCGCUGGUGUGCCAGCCCUAAUACAUUCACUUUGGACUUUGGUGAUUACAGUGACCAGUACUACUCGGUGCAGACGACUGAGGCGGAGCAGAUAUUGCAGGUGAUCGCGGGCUACAUCGACAUUAUCGUACGUAAGCAGCGCGCUAAGGACCACCUCGGUAUCGAAGGCGAUGAGGGCUCCGCUAUGUUGGAAGACUCCGUGUCCCCGUCAAAGGCCAAUAUAAUUCAACACGACACGUUCAAAUCGGGCAAAGUGAACAUGGAGUCAGUGGCCAAGCCGGCGGUACUCAGGCCAGGAGCUGAAGGUGCAAAGUCGUUCGCGGUGGGCCACCUCACCGGCGCGCAGCAGACCACCGUCUCCGGUCAGAUCAUCACAGGCCACACACCUCCUACUGCGUCGCAGGUGCAGCAAACGCGCGUCACGUCUAUACUGACGGAGCCGCAACGCGCGUUAUUGUCUACCAUCACUGGUGGUCGAGAGAUUAUACGACAGACUGAAGAGAGUCUUAGCAGGGCUUCACUACCAGCUCUAGGACACGACGCGGCGUCGGUAAAAUGGAAACAAGUGACGAUGGAUACCAGCAAGCAAGUUGUGACGUCACAAAUAGCAGCUAUGAAUGCCGCCACGGCGCAAGUGGUUACUCUGACAUCUGGUCCUACCGAAGAAGUAGACCACACCGCCGUAGGCGCUGCCAUUACUACAAUCACCACUAACUUGCCAGAAAUGACUAAAGGCGUACAAACUAUUGCCGCACUUAUGGAUGACACCGAUGAUGGGGACAAACUUCUUGACGCGACUAGAAAGUUAUGUACCGCUUUCAGCGAUUUGUUGAAAGCUGCCGAACCUGAAACCAAGGAGCCUCGUCAGAACCUCCUCAAUGCUGCAUCACGCGUCGGGGAAGCGUCUACCUCAGUCCUGCACACCAUCGGCGAAGAAACCGAAGAGGAUAAGGAAACCCAGGAUAUCUUGCUGUCGCUGGCUAAAGCUGUGGCUAAUACAACUGCCGCGUUGGUGCUGAAGGCGAAGAAUGUUGCGGCGCAGUGCAAAGAUGAUCAGACGCUGCAGAAUAAUAUAAUAGCGGCAGCCACGCAUUGCGCUCUGGCUACCAGUCAGCUAGUCGCCUGCGCUAAGGUUGUAGCACCAACCCUCCACAACCCAGCAUGCCGGGAACAACUGACGAGUGCAGCUCGGCAAGUGGGUGCGGCAGUGGAGCGGCUGGUGGACGCCAGCAGACAGGCGCCGGAGGUGGCGGGGCCCGGCGUGGAGCAGCUCGCGGCCGCCGCACACAGGGUGUCGGAGGAGCUGGAGAGAUUGCUGGCGCAUUGUCAUUUAGAGCGUCGCAGCGUGCAGCCGACGGUGAUGGAGCGCAGCGUGGAGAGCGUGGUGUCCGCCAGCGAGCGCGUCACGGACGCACACGACGCGCCGGAGAUGGUGCGCCGCGCGCGCCUGCUGGGACAGGCCACCGCCAGGCUCAUCGCUGAUAUCAAGACGGAGGCAGAGACUCAGUCGUCGGACUCGCAGCGCAAGUUGCUGGCGGCCGCCAAGCUACUCGCAGACGCCACCGCCCGCAUGGUCGAAGCUGCCAGGCUGUGUGCCUCAUCGCCACAGGACCGUGAUAAACAAGAGGCACUGCGUCGGGCGGCUGAAGAAGUACGUUAUAUCACAGUGGAUUACGCGCAGGGACAAGACAUCGUUGGAACGCAAGUCGCCAGACUACAAGAAAGCGCGAGACUAGCUGCGUCCAGCGCCACACAACUUAUCACAUCUGCACAUAAUGCCACUCAGCACAACACCAAUAAGUACUCACAGGAAUCGUUGCUACAAGAGUGCCGCGUGCUGAACGAGCAAAUCCCACGCGUAGUGGACGCAGCCAAGACGUCGUCUGCGCGCCCCGGAGAGGCCGCCGCACAACUAGACCUGAUAUCCGCCUCAGAGACAUUCCUACAGCCGAGCGGGCACGUGAUCCAGGCGGCGCGCAGCGUGCUGCCCACUGUGGGCGACGCGCCCACCGCCAAGCAGCUCGCCGACACCACGCACCAGUUCACCACCAGCUGCGCCGACCUCAGAUCUGCAGUGAACCGCGCGCGCAUCUCGUGCAAGGGUCUGGAGCUGGACGCGGCGGCGGAGAUCAUCCGCAGCCUGCAGGCGGAGCUCGACGAGAUGGAGGAGGCCGCGCGUGCAUUCGACCUCAAACCAAUGCCCGGACAGACGAGCGAAUGGGCAUCAUCUCGGCUGCAAGGAGCAUCGCGUGCGGCGGGCGCGGCGACCGCGGCGCUGGCGGGCGCGGCGCGGGUGCGUGAGGCGGCCGGCUGCGGGCGCGCCGCCGCGGAGCUGGCUGCAGCGCUGCGAGACUACACGCCGCCGCUGAGAGCAGCCGCUGCAGCCGCACACCGCGCGCCGCACAAACAACUCCGCGUAAUUUCAUCGGGCCGUCAAGUGCUGCACUCCUCCUUGACCCUGGUGGAGACAGUGAAGCAAUACAUGAACUCUUCGGAAGAUGUCGACACCGCCUCGAUAGUCGCUAUUGCUAAAGAUAUUUCACAGAAUUUGGAACAAACAAUGGAGGCAGUACCUUCGCACGCAGAACUCGACAUGGCGAUGGAGAAUAUAAAUGAAACUCUAAACAUCUUGAAUAUGGGAGAGUUCCCGCCUUCUGAUAAGACAUACAGUGAGCUGCAAUCGGAGCUGAACGCGGCUGCGGUGGGGCUGAGCUCGGCGUCGUCCGACGUGGUGCAGGCGGUGGAGCAGCCGGACGCGCUCGCAGACAGCGGCCGGCACUUCGGACAGGCCUUCAACCGGCUGCUCGGCGUCUCCAUGGAGAUGGCCGGACAGACUGAAGAUCGUGAAUCUCAAGCAACGAUGGUUAGCUCAAUGAAGACUGUGACUGUGAACUCGUCGAAACUGCUCGGCACCGCUAAAUCUGUCAGUCAAGACUUAACACGACCCAAUGCCAAGAACCAACUUGCAGCAGCAGCGAGAGCGGUGACAGAGAGCAUUAAUCGUCUUGUGGACGUGUGCACGGAGGCUGCGCCGGGGCAGAAGGAGUGCGCGGCGGCGAUCCGCAGCAUCGACAGCACGCGGCCGCUGCUCGCCGCACCCACGCAGCCGCUCAGCGAGCUCGGCUACUUCGCCUGCCUCGACUGCGUCGUCGACCAGAGCAAGGGACUCAGCGAGGGCAUGUCGGGCAUGGCGGGCGCGGUGAAGCGCGGCGAGAGCGAGCAGUUCGCGCGCUCCGUGGCCGCCGUCGCUGCCUCCGUGCAGGGGCUCGUCGAGUGCACCGCGCAGGCCGCAUACCUCGUGGCGGUGUCUGACGAGACCAGCGUGGCGGGCAGGCCAGGUCUGGUGGACCAGGCGCAGUUCGCGCGCGCCGCACUCGCCAUAGACCAGGCCUGCAAGACAUUGUGCGACAAGGACAGCAAUCAACAACAGGUGUUAUCAGCGGCAACAGUGAUAGCGAAGCACACAAGUGCGCUAUGCAACGCGUGCCGCGUGGCGUCCGGCCGCUCCGCGGAGCCGCAGAGCAAGCGACACUUCGUGCAGGCCGCUAAGGACGUCGCCAACUCCACCGCAGCGCUCGUCAAGGAAAUUAAAGCACUUGAUGCUGAUUAUAGCGAGACGAACCGCGCGCGAUGUGCGUCAGCUACGGGGCCGCUGCUGGACGCGGUGCGCAGCCUGUGCCAGUUCGCUGACAGCCCCGAGUUUGCGGCGGGGCCGGCGCGCAUCUCGCCGCAAGCGCCCCCCAGCCAGGAGGCUAUACUUGUAUGCGGAAGGAACAUAAUAUCUGGGUCGUGCUCGAUGCUGGAGGCGGCGCGCGCGCUGGCGCUGUCGCCGCAGGAGCGCGCGCAGUGGCAGGCGCUCGCCGCGCACAGCAAGACUGUCUCUGAUAGUAUUAAAGCACUCGUCACAAACAUACGUGAGAAGGCGCCGGGACAGCGGGAGUGUGCCGCAGCACUGGAGACCCUCAACAAACAGCUCCGCGAACUGGAUCAAGUAGCCAUACAGGCUGUAGGACAGGAACUACAACCACGACAGGCCAAUACAUUGCAAGGGUACUCGGAGCAGAUAGAGAACGCGGCGGCGGAGAUGCUGGAGCGCCUGGAGCCGCUGCGCCUCGCCGCGCGCAGCGAGGCUGAGAACCUCGGACAUGCUGUCGUACAGCUUGUGUCGUACGCGGAGCCGCUGGUGAGCGCGGCGGCGGGCGCGGCCUCCAACACGACGGAGUCCCGCGCGCAGGCCGCGCUGCUGCAGCACGCGCGCACCGUGCUCGAGACCCUGGCGCUGCUCGUGCACUCCGCCAAGCUCGCUGCGGGCAACCCUAGAGCUGUGAGCGCGGCGGGCGAGGUGGAGGCGCAGUGUUCGCUGGCUCGCGCGGCGCUCGGCGAACUAAGCACGCAUGUUCGCGAACUCAGCUCCCAGCGCGGCGCUGUUGGACCGCUGCUGGACUCGCUGGCGCGCGCUGUCGCACGGCUCACUGAACAUAGGAUGUCACUAAUCGGAUCAUUCGAUGAGACGGACUCGUUUGUCGACUACCAGACCAGGAUGGUGGGAGCCGCUAAGGAUAUAGCACGUUUGGCCACUGAUAUGACGGCGAAAUCAGCGACGGAACCGAGUCGACUUGUUGAAGUGGGCAACGAGAUGUGCGGCAAGUACGAGCAGCUCGCCGGCGACAGCGUCGGCGCCUCCGCCACCACGCCCAACGCUGACGUCGCCAACAGGAUCCGCAUGUCGGCGGUGGAGCUGGGCGAGGCGGUGUCGGAGCUGGUGAAGGCGGGCGGCCACUGCCGGCUGUCCGCCAUCGCGCACAACCAGCGCGCCGUCGCCGACGCGGCACGACGCGUCAAUGAAAAGGUGGUGGGCGUGCUGAGCGCGCUGCAGGCGGGGUCGCGCGGCACGCAGGCCUGCAUCGACGCCGCAGCCACUAUCGCCACUAUAAUUGGAGAUCUCGACACCACCAUACUGUUCGCCAGCGCUGGUACAUUACACUCGGAUAAGGAGGGUGAUACGUUCUCCAACCAUCGCGAGAAUAUCCUGAAAACCGCGAAGACCUUGGUGGAGGACACCAAGACGCUGGUGGGCGGCGCCGCCGGCACCCAGGAGCAGCUCGCCACAGCUGCACAGAGCGCUGUCGGCACUAUAGUGCAACUGUGCGAGGUGGUGAAGCAGGGCGCGAUGUCGCUAGGCGCGGGCAGCGCGGAGCCGCAGGUGCUGGUGCUGCACGCGGCGAGGGACGCGGCCGCCGCGCUGCGGGACCUCGCCGCCGCCACCGCCGCCGCCAGCGGCAAGCACGUCGCACACCCCGACAUGCAGCGCCUCAAGCACGCCGCCAAGGUGAUGGUGACCAACGUGACGUCACUGCUGAAGACUGUCAAAGCUGUGGAGGAUGAGCACACACGCGGCACUAGAGCGCUGGAGUCUACCAUUGAAGCCAUCUCACAGGAAAUCGAGGUGUUAAUGUCGCCAACGCCCGCUAAAAGCACGGCCACUCCAGAAGAAUUGGUGCGAUGCACGCGGCUGAUGACGGCGGCGACAGCACGCGCGGUGGCGGCGGGCAGCGCGGCGGGCGCAGGCAGCCAGGACCAGCUCACCGCGGCUGCCAACCUCGGCCGCAAGACCGUCGUCGACAUGAUGGUUGCCGCCAAGGGAGCAGCACAAGCGGCGGAAACGGAGGAGCUACGUACUCGUACGCUGGAAGCGACGCGUGCAGCCGGCGAGGCGUUCCGUGCGCUCCUGCAGGCCGUGCUGGCGGCCCCGGGCGGCGCCGCGCGCUCCGCGCUGCCCGACCUCUCGCGCUGUGUCGCCCGCGCAGUGGCCGACAUGCUCGCCGCCGCUGAACUACUCAAAGGGUCGGAAUGGGUGGACCCUGAGGACCCGACAGUGAUUGCGGAGGCAGAGCUGCUGGGCGCAGCCGCUUCCAUCGACGCCGCCGCCCGCAAGCUGGACGCGCUGCGCCCGCGCAAGCCGCCCAAGCUACAGGAGGCUGAUGAAACGUUGAAUUUCGAUGAGAUGAUCCUAGAAGCGGCCAAGUCCAUCAUCACCGCGACGUCAGCGCUCGUGCGCGCCGCCUCCGCCGCACAGAGAGAACUUAUCGAUCAGGGCAAGGUGGCGCGGAGACCGGCGUCGUCCUCUGAUGAUGGGCAGUGGUCUGAGGGUCUGGUGUCAGCGGCGCGGCUGGUGGCGGCGGCUGCGCACGCGCUGGUGGAGGCCGCCAACGCGCUGGUGCAGGGCGCAGCCUCCGAGGAGCGUCUCAUCUCCAGCGCCAGGCAGGUCGCCUCCUCCACCGCGCAGCUGCUGGUCGCUUGCAAGGUGAAGGCGGACCCAUCAUCGGAGUCGACGCGUCGCCUGCAGGCGGCGGGUGCGGAGGUGAUCCGCUCCACCGACAACCUGGUGCGUGCGGCGCGCGACGCCAUACACUGCGACGACGAGCGCAGCCUCGUGCUCAACCGCCGCAUGGUCGGCGGCAUCGCGCAGGAGAUAGACGCCAGGUCGGAAGUGCUCCGUAUAGAGAAAGAGCUGGAGGAAGCCCGCGGCCGGCUCACCGCCAUCCGACAGGCCAAGUACAAGCUGCGCGCCGGAGACACCUCCGGAGACGACACCGACACAGACUUGCAGAUGGGGUACGCCAGCGACGCCUCCGUACCACACAGAUUCAAAACACCAAAUAGCAGUUUCGCUAACACCACAUACAGUCCGAACAGCACAUACUCCGCGCAGAACACAACCAACAUAAGUCAGAACGCGACCAAUAUCUCGCACCACGUGACCAGCCUCAACCAAUCGGUGCACGGCGCCACUAGCCCCGCCCACAACCUGCCCAGCCCCGCCCACAGCGCGCCCGGGCACGCCCACAGCCCCGCCCCCAAACCCGACACCAACGGAUACCAGAGAGAGGACAAAUACACAGCGCAGAGCCCCACAUUCUCCAGCUUCAGACCGCCGCAGGACGACACGCCCAAGAACUACGAAGGGUUUACAACACGAGAAAAUAGAAGCAGUAAUGAUAGAACGAUGAAACACGAGACGAGCGUGACGGAGGAGACGGUGGUGGUGAAGUCGUUACAACUGCCGGAAGUGCGCACCGCCAUUCUGGUGUCUGACGACAGCCCCGACAGCCCGCUCGCCGAGCGCGUCUUCUACAAGAGGGAGCGGCCGCCGCCGCCGCCGCCGAGGCGCAUUUCCCUCCUAAAUUACGAGACCCGACUCUACGACACACCACGACCUGUUAACGAGUACGUUAAAACUGAGGAGCAACGCCAAUACGAGUCCAAUCAGUCCAGCCAGUAUCAGUUCAGUAAGCAGGAGCAACGGUACGGGUACGAUUCGCAAAAACUACCCUCCUCGCCCCUCAGCCCUAAGUUCAACGCCAGGGACUUAAAAUUCGAAGAACCUAUCUACUCCUCCCUCAAAAAGCCAACCACUCCUAAAUCGCCGUUCGAUGGCGUCGGACAAACUUUCUCAGAACACCAAAAAUCCACCGAAAACAUUCCGGGCGGCAUCAAACACUCCGAAUACACCGUAAAAAGUGAAUCUUAUCAAAGCUACCCGAAAACGGAGUUCAUCUCCUCCGAGACCAGACAGGAAGUUAAAUCCCCCUUCACAACCUCUACGCCCACCAAGUACGAGAGCAACCAAUUUACUGAGUUCUCCAAGAACUCUAUGGACGUAGUGAAAGCUCCGACGCCAACGUUCGAAAGAAUAUCGUCGCCGUACGGCAAGGAUGUGCACAGCUACGGCGGGCCCAACUACCACGAGGAGACCACCACGGAGGUCAAGGAGAUACCUAAUGGUACCCAGAAGAUCACGACCACAAAGAUCUAUAGUUCGUCCCCGGUGAACAUGACUAGUACCAGCACUAAAUAUGAACCGAUCAAACUGGAAGGUAUCGACGAGCUGUCGAAGUCUUUCGACAACGAUUCUAGAUACAGCACGCUGGACUCUCGUUACAACACAUUGGACUCGAAGCUGAGUUCUGACACGAGCCGGUCGUUCAUGCGACCCUCGGAGUUCCAGUCCUCGGACUACCAGACGACCACCACCGUAUCGAAGGUGAAGAAACCUUCCGAGCUGGUGAAGGAAAUCGACAGCUUGGACAAGAAGUUCUCCAAGCAAACUAUCACUUCGGAAACUAUUGAACGCAAGUCAGUUAUGACCAGCUCCCACAAAUCCGAAACCAGUUCGACAGUAACAAAGAAAUUUGGCAACUUCUAAACUUGGCAUCUAUUUAGUCGUGUGUGUCGUUAACAGUUCUCUAAUGCUUUAAGUGUAUUUAUUUAUGUAAAGAAAUGCAUUUUAUAUAAAUUUCAAUAGUUGUUACAAAGAUAAAAACUGUACAUUUAAUAUAUUAAUUUCCUUGUGAUUAUGGUGUUAUAAAGAACAAUAAAUAGUUCAGAAACAGAUAACUAUUCAGUUGAAAAAUAAAUUUGUUGAACUUAAAUAUGUAUUUACAUGCAAUUUAGUAUAUUAAAAUGAAAAUCAGAAUGUCAGAAUUAAAAAAUAAAAGAUUUUGAUACAUUUUACAAUUAUUUUAACGCCAAAUCACAAGGACUUAGUUGUAAGAGAUAAUCAGAGGUGCUAUAAUAUUUAUAGACAAACGUCGCAAUGCAGUAGUGCCUGUACGUACUAAUGGUACAAUUAAGCUAUUUUAUAUUUUAUUUUAUAUUUUUAAAGAUAUAUUGUGGUUGAUCGUUUUUAUGAUGUUUAAAUCGGGGAACAUACGACAAUUUAACUUUCUAAAUUAGUAUUUCUUAUAAUUAUUACAAACCGAGGAGAUCCGGUGUGACACCAAAGUCUAAAGUGGUUUACGCCGACGGUAAUAACGCCUGAAAAGACGAAAUGCUCAUGGUAAUAAAUAUUGUCAUCGUUCUCGUAUUUUCAUGUCCACGAAAAAAUGGAAAUUUUGUAAUGUCGUGUGUUCCCGGCCUUAUAAUUCACAAAGUGCUAACCCCGUUGCGGGACCUUAUUAUCGAUGCCUUUUAUAGUUAUGAAGUCUCGUGUAGUAUUUGGCAGGUUUAUACAAAUAAAAUAGCAGCUAAAAAGGUAAUAUUUCAAAGUUAUACAGCUUUGGAACAGGAACGAAAAUGCAACUGCCAAGUUUAGGUUUGAAUCCAAUACGAUACUGUUUUCUUAGAAAAACAGGACAUAGUACAUAAUGAUUCAAACCUAGAAAUUUUUUAUCAUCGUGCCUUUAAAAAUAUUAUUGAAUAUAUUUACAAAAUUAUACAAACAACGAUAAGUACCUUUUAUUAAUUUCUAUAUAACAAUAAACUUGACCUCAAGACAGAUUAUGAAAUGUGCCAUAGACAACUACGUAAUAAGUUAAAAUAUAUUUUUGUUAUAAAGUCUAUUAUAGUGGAAAUAUUUAUACGGUGCAAUUUUUGUUUAUGAUAACAUAACAUGUUUGUCUAAUUAACAUUAAAUAUUUUAUUCUUUGCUAAAUUAAAUGGUGCCUAAAUUAUUCGAUCUCCGUUUUUUUUGUUACUUUUGCAUGUGUUUUUUUGAAUUUGCAAUCUCUUUAAUUUUAUUUUAUAGUACUGGUAGUUAUCUGCACACAACUGGCAAUUAUGUUGACAGCUGUCAUUUUUUGGAAUGUGUUUAGUAGUGUUUUGUGUUUUUUGUAUCGUUUCGAGUUAACUUGGAUUUAGUAACCUAUUAACUUUUACUAUAUUAACAUUAAAGCAUGUUAUUAUUAAUAUUAUAACAAAAUGAGUUUAUAAUGAUUUAUGGAAAGGACAAAAAAUAUAUAAAUAUAUUGAUAAACGUUUGUUGUAAUACGUUUUGUGCCUUAACCAAAUUGAAAAUAAAAUUACUUAUGUAUGAAACUAAUGAAUAAUUAUAGGUUAUAGGAAGAUGCCCGCGAAAGCGAUUCGUCCACUGAAGGUAUUGAAACACCAAUUCAAAUAGGUUAGAUGUGUACAAUUUACAGUAGCGCAGUUUUUUUUAUUAUUAGAGAAGUAUAUAUUCGUAAUUUAUUACCAGCCUGUAUUGUCCGAAAUAUAUCAAUAUCGGUAAUAUGACUUUAUUUGGUAACACUCUAGCAGUGUUGCCAUAAUGAUAAUUUCGAAUUCUACAGGUUGGAUUGUUAAGCAACUAAUUAAGUAAAAUAAGGCUAACUAUUGUGUCUUAAUUCGUCUAUGUAAUCGUUCUAUAAUAACUCGAAGUAACAAAAUUUCGACUAAUGAAGUGUCGAUAGCGGUAAUUCUUUAGUAUCACUGGAAUUAGAUAUUCAUAGAACAUGCUGAAGUAGCUGCUUAGUGUGAAUAAGAUACAUAUUUAUAAUCAAUAUUGUAAUUAUAUGGGUAAUAAUAUAUUCUAAUACAUUCUCAUUUUAUCGUCAACAAACGCCAAAUAAUCAGUUUCGUUUAGUUUUUCGUAAAUAUUAAUUUGUUAAUUUUAUAAUGAAGUUUUAUUGGAUUAUAUUCUAGAUCAGCUGGUAGCUCGUAAUUAAUGUAUAACUUAGUUGGGGCAUUUUGUGGUAUCUACACGAGUAUGACUUACAUUUGUAUGUAAUAAAAUAUAACUAAUAAUAAAAA